GCGGCACAGCUGUGUCUCUGCCAGGCCAAUGGCCCUGGGACUGGCUGGCCAAGUGGCCCACGGCCCUUGUGCCCUGUGCGGCUCUUCAGAAGGGCUUUUGGGGCUGCAGCAGGACUGUCGGUCUGCAGGAUCCUGUGCUGGGGCAGCUCUGAGGCACCCCAUGGAUGGGGCAGCACAGCACAGCGAGGAGCAAGGACAGAGUGAUGGCAGCAGCUGGAUCAUUCCUCGAUAUUAAUAGACAUUCCCAAGAAAGCAGCAAGGACAGAGUGGCCGCACCGCGGGGAUGGCCGCCCGCAUCCUGCACCGCCUGCGGCACGCGUUGGGCGCAGAGGGCGCCCGGGAGGAGCGGACACACGACGGCGUUGAGGCCGAGGACUGCCCCGAGAGCUCGGAGCUGGAGGACGACACCGAAGGGCUGUCCACGCGCCUCAGCGGCACCCUGAGCUUCAGCGGGCACGAGGAGGACGAGGACGAGGAGGAGGAGGAGGAGGACGGCGGCGGCGGCGAGGAGCUGCAGGCGGGGGAUGGCGCGCAGGACGGAGGCAGGUGCUGGGAUGGGUGCCCUGGGCUCCCGCCGCCCCGGCGCCCGCUGAGCCCUUCUCCCCGCACAGAGUGGGGCCCGGCGGCGCGGCCCGGCAGCCUGCUGACCCGGCAGCUGCAGGAGCUGUGGCGGCGGUCGCGGAGCAGCUUCGUACCGCAGCGGCUGCUCUUCGAGGUCACCAGCGCCAGCGUGGUCAGCGAGCGCUCCUCCAAGUACGUGCUCUACACCAUCUACCUGAUCCGCUCGGGGCACUUGGACAAGGCUCCCGCCGCCAUCUCCCGUCGCUACUCAGACUUCGAGCGGCUGAACCGCCGCCUGCGUGGCCGCUUUGGCUGUGACAUGGCGGGCAUCGCCUUCCCCAGGAAGAGGCUGCGGCGCAACUUUACGGCCGAGACCAUCGCCAAGCGGAGCCGAGCCUUCGAGCAGUUCCUGUCCCACCUGCACUCCAUCGCCGAGAUCCGCCGCUCCCCCGAGUUCCUUGAAUUCUUCUUCCUGCAGGACCUGCGUGCCGCCCAGCGCCUCACCUGCACCGGCAUGUACCGCGAGGCUCUGGCCACCUGGGCCAACGCCUACCGGCUGCAGGACCGCCUGGGGGUGUGCGGCUCUGGCCGCUUCCUCCUGACGCUGGCCGGGUUGGUCGUCUGCCACCAGGAGUUGGACCAGCUGGGUGAAGCCCACGGCUGCUGCGAACAGGCGCUGCAGCUGCUGGAGGCCCAGGACAGCCACCCACUGCUGGGGCCCUUCCUCCAGGCUCACGUCCACCUGGCCUGGAAAGUGGGCAAGGACAAGCGGCGGUCAGAAGCCCGGCUGCAGGGCCUGCAGGAGGCCGGCGUGCCCUUGCAGCAGCAGCCCAGCCUGAAGGAGUAUCUCAUCAAGGAACCUCUGGAGUGAGGCUAGGGGCCGUGGGGUGCAGACAGUUUGCGCUCUGGGGCGGGAGAGGGAGCAGAGAGGGUUGGGAUGGGGCACAGAGGCAGAGUUGUGAUGGCACAGUCUGUAUGUGGUGGCUGGGAUCAGGGUUGGCCCCUCUGGGAGCUCUCUCUUGAAAAUGCACUUUCUAUAUCAGUUUUUCCAUCUGUGCUGGUUGCUUGCUGCUCACACUACCUGUCAGGAGCCACCUGCUCCUUGGGGUUCUCAAGACAGACAGGACUUUAGCUGAGACACACUGGCACUGCAUUAAAGGGACAGAAAGGCUUCCAGCCAGGAAUUUCCAAUAACAGAAAAUAAAAAGGACUUUAACAAA